UUGUCUACCAUUCAGACAGCAUACUCUAAGCAUGCAUUCGACUGCUCUGUUUGUGCUGAUUUUGGUGUGUAGGUAUGAGUUAGGCUCAGGGGAGGAUGAGCGUGAAUAUGACCAAUCAAGGACACUCGCGGACAUGAGGAAACUCAUGGAAGAGACUUCUGCUACUCUUCGCGUCUACCAACAGAAGACAGAGUCUCUAAUGAGUGUUGUAACAAAACAGGAGCGUGAACUACAGGCUCUGCAGGCCGACGUUGCUAGACUGUCUUCAGAAGAAUGUGGCGAAAGAGAUUCUGAGGGAAAUAAACAUGAUCCCAAACGAGUAUCUGAAGUCAACGGCACGAGCUCAAGCGUAGCCUUCUACGCCCAACUGUCCGCUGACCAGUCCAAUUUCGGUACUCACCAGACCAUCAUUUUUGACCGAGUACGGACCAAUAUAGGAAGUGCCUACAAUCACGAUGACGGUGUGUUCACGGCACCAUUUCCAGGGGUCUACAUAUUUUUUUGGACGACAAUAAAUCGAGACAAUUCACACAUGCAAACGGAGCUGGUUGUCAACGGAUCACAGUUUGGUAGAGUGUGGGCUGAUUCAGGGAAUCAUGCUGACUAUACCAUGGCGUCCAAUAUGGUGGUCGUAACCCUCGCUGCUGGAAGCACUGUCUGGAUUCGUUCCGAUACUGGUCAUUCCGGUUUCACUAGUGGACAGAACUUCGCCACCUUCUCUGGAUGGUUGUUACAAAAUAUUUGAAAUAAAACAGUA